AUGAGCUAUCGAAGAUACCUCAAAAAUAGAUAUUGCUGUUCUCGUUUCAAAUCAGCAGUGUCCCUGUUCCAAAAUUCUAGAAUUCUGAUAUCUUUUGGAAUUUUUCCUCUAUUACAACACAGACGGCGUAUCGAUGUUGGUCAAUCUUUACAUGAUAAAUUCUUAGGAUGUAGAACAAAUGGCAUUGAUGACACUCUGGAAUUCAUGGAAUUCAUGGAACUGUGGAAUUCAUGGAACUGUGGAAUUCAUGGAACUGUGGAAUUCAUGGAACUACUGGAAUUCAUGGAACUACUGGAAUUCAUGGAACUGUGGAAUUCAUGGAACUACUGGAAUUCAUGGAACUGUGGAAUUCAUGGAACUACUGGAAUUCAUGGAACUACUGGAAUUCAUGGAACUACUGGAAUUCAUGGAACUGUGGAAUUCAUGGAAGUUCAGAAUAAUUGA